GAGCUACGGAUAAAAGAGAGAAAGAGAAUUGCUCAGAUACCUGAAACCUUUGCUUCCCAUUUGCCUCAGUCCGGGGUUUGCAGAAGAACGUCACUGGCUCCUACUCUUUCCUAACGAGCGUAUAUAUUAAGCUCUUUGAAAUGUGAGUAUUAUUGGAAGGAUUGCAGUUGCUUUAAAUUAUAGACGUUGGCAAGUGGUGGGGAGGAGCGGGAGGUUGUUUAAACUGAGAGACAGUUGCAAAACUUCGUGCAACAGCAUGAGCUCCAAGCUUCAAAUACAUUCUCAUGCUCAGAAGAGCACUUUAUUUUUCAUCGAGUUAUUUUUUGUAUUGUUUCGAAGCAGCUUUGAAUAAGACGCACAUAUUUCUUCUUUAAAAUUUUUAAUGGUUUCUAAAUUCAUGGGACAAACAAAGCAAGAAAGCCUCAUGUCUGGGGGGAAAGUUUGACAUCAGCAAUACCCAGAAAAGAGCCAAAGAUGUUUAUCUUGCUCUAUGUUACAAGUUUUGCCAUUUGUGCCAGUGGACAGCCUCGGGGUAAUCAGUUCAAAGGAGAGAGCUACUCCCCAAGAUAUAUCUGUAGCAUCCCUGGCUUACCUGGACCUCCAGGACCGCCUGGAGCAAAUGGUUCCCCAGGGCCCCAUGGUCGGAUCGGCCUUCCAGGACGAGAUGGUAGAGACGGCAGGAAAGGAGAGAAAGGUGAAAAGGGAGCUGCAGGUUUGAGAGGUAAGACUGGACCACUGGGCCUUGCUGGAGAGAAAGGGGACCAAGGAGAGACUGGGAAGAAAGGACCCAUGGGACCAGAGGGAGAAAAAGGAGAAGUAGGUCCAGUUGGGCCUCCUGGAGCAAAGGGGGACAGAGGAGAGCAAGGGGACCCAGGGCUGCCUGGAGUUUGUAGAUGCGGAAGCAUUGUGCUCAAAUCUGCCUUUUCUGUUGGCAUCACUACCAGCUACCCAGAAGAAAGGCUACCAAUUAUAUUUAACAAGGUCCUCUUCAAUGAGGGAGAGCACUACAACCCUGCCACAGGGAAGUUCAUCUGUGCCUUCCCAGGGAUCUAUUACUUUUCUUAUGAUAUCACAUUGGCAAAUAAGCAUCUGGCAAUCGGGCUCGUUCACAACGGGCAGUACAAGAUAAAGACAUUCGAUGCCAACACAGGGAACCAUGACGUCGCUUCCGGGUCCACAGUCAUCUAUCUGCAGCCAGAAGAUGAAGUGUGGCUGGAGAUCUUCUUCACUGACCAGAAUGGCCUCUUCUCAGACCCAGGUUGGGCAGACAGCUUGUUCUCCGGAUUUCUCCUGUAUGUUGACACAGAUUAUCUAGAUUCCAUAUCUGAAGAUGAUGAGCUGUGAUUAGGACUCAUGUCCUGAAUGUUCCAAGAUCCUUAUGGCAGACACUUUGAUUUAAUCCGGGGCCUUGGAAGGUGGAGCAAGAAGAAAUGAAAUCCAAAGAGACUCCCACUCAGAUUCCAAAGCACUUACAGAGAAUUCUAGCAGCAUCUAUUAAAGCAAGAUCAACCACCAAAUGGUUGAAAGCACACCAAAAUGAAUUCUAUAAAACAAUAACCCCAGAUAAGAAUCCUCUCGAAAGCAAUGUUCAUAAAUAUUUAAACAAAUUAAAGACAAUGUUAAGAAAUUUUCUAUUAAACUCCCUGAGUGAUAAAAUCAGCUGGCAAUGAUGCUGUCUCAUUAAAUCUUCAUAAAAUUGCAUAUUUGCUUGCUGUUUAAGAGAAUCAUAACACCCGAGACGAAGUCUUUAAUGAUUCUCAAAAGUCAAAAACUAAAGGUAAGAGAUACUGAGUAAUUUCUGGCAAGCUAAAGUGAAGCACUAAUUUCCUCUGUUUUGUUAUUUGUUCCUUCACGCUCGUGUAUGUAUUCGCUCAACAACUCUUUAGUAGGCCUGUGUAACCCAGACACAGUGGUGGUGGGUCAGAUUUAAUAGUGAGUUAAAACAAAGUCUCUACCUUCAUACAGGCUGGUGUGUGAUGAGCAUACUGUCACAAUUCAGUGAGAUGAGCCCUGACAGACUGACUCGAAGCUGGAUGCACAUAGGAGCUGCUCUAUCCUGGAGAAGGGAGACAGAGAAACUUUUACACAUGGAAAAACACUAAGCGUUCUAAGUUGUGUGUAUUUAAGGAGGUGGGAGGAAUACAAAGAAAACAUGAAUUCAGCAGCUGCAUUCACCCCAUCUCACCCUCAUAACACCACUGGUAUUUGCCAUUGGAAGGGGUAAAAAUCUAAGAGAUAGAGGGGGCCCAAGAGGAAUAAUGUAAAUGAAGAGACACAAGUUACUGAGAUCAGUCUGGAGAGCAUUCUCCUAAAUCCUUUAGCCUGACAGUUUCCCAAGACAAUUAUUAUUCCUCUUAGCUUGUGCAAGAAUGAGGGCACUACUUUACAUUGUCAGGAGGCAUUAUUUCUUAUAGAUCUCCAAGGUAUGGAAUUCAAGUAAAGUGAAGUAUAUGUUCACUGAUUUAUCAUGUGUUGAUGGGGUGAACGGGAGGAAGAUGAAGAGAAGCCAGAGGUCUGAACAAGUAACUGUCCCUUCCAAGCCUCACAGUUCCCACAGUCCCGUGGUCUCUCGGGGUGAGUGUCUGGUUCCCUACUGCAGCACAGUUCUUCACCAUUCCAUCCCAGUCAGGAUUCUCUCCCAUCUGCCGCCCCCUUACUCUCUUCCUUUUUGGUGGCUUCUGCUCCUCCUUCCAUGUGUUCUCUCUUGGCUCAUUUAUUUGAUAAGCUUUUUGUAUGCUUCCUCUGUGUGAGUCACCACAGGAUUCUGUGAUGGUGGAGGAACACCAAGGUGAACAUGGCCCAGCCCCUGCCACCCAAUUUCCAAGGACAUGAGAAAGGAAAUGACAUGCACACACAUACACACAUACACAAAAUACCAAGAAUUCUGGAAAUGAGCAGGCUAAAACAUGCUAAGUGCUAAACUGGACAUAGAGACAAAUGCUCUGGAAGAAAUGCUGAGGGGGACAUGUUUACUCUCAAAUUGGGGGGUGAGAGAAGAGGGCUUGGGAAAUCUCCUCUGCCCCUUGCACUUUCUGAGGUAGCUGGAACAUAGAAGGGCCAAGGUAGGGAGAGAGGUAAGAAUGGGGACAAAGAAUGAAAGUAAGAACACAGACCCAGAAGAGCCUCAAAUGUCAACCUGACAAAUGUGGACCUCAGUUAUGAGGAACCUUGGGGUCCCUGUGUGUCCCAGAGCUGGGGGCUGCUGUGAUCAGAGAUGACACUGGCAGUGAUCAAGCAGCGAUGUGUAAGGGCAAUGCCUGUUUCUCCCAUUGGCAGACCUACUUCCCAACAUCUUCUCCUGCAUGCCAUGUUUUGCCCGUUGGUUGCUCUUCUCCAGAGUCAGGACACAGGUCUGGAGGGCCAAGAGCAAUGAAAGUAGAGAAGAAGAGAAAGCAAAGGUGGUUUGGAAUAGUCACCUGCUAUGACAUAACAGCUGGACCUGGAAGGCCAGGUUACAAAGUGUAAAAAACAGCCAACAGCAGAAGCUCAUCUGAGGAACAUGAAAAUAUGGGCCCUUUGAAGACCAUGGGAUUUGCUGGAGAAACUGGAAAAGAAGGAUUUAUUGUAGAAAAUCAUGACCCACAAAAUUAUUGUGUAAUUUAAUUUUUUUUUCUGAUCGCGAUCCAUUCAUGCAUUCAUUUUGUGGACAUUGUUUACUUACCUUUUAAAUGUUUCUUUCAUUACAAAGCCUAUUUUGAGUAGCUUUUUUAAACUCGCACUUCUUCAGCUGGUUCUAGGCCCAAAGGUGAAUUUUAUUUUGAAAUAUCUGGUGGGCCAGUGAUGGGGACCAGAGACCUAAAGUGGGAAAGGAAAGACUAUUUUGCUAAUAAAAGGAUAAACUCCUUAAGCAAACAUAGGUAUCUUUUAUUCCUUAAAAAAGAAAUGACAGAUGGCAUUUAUCCACAUUUAUGGGUAUUUGUGUAAAAAAAUAAUGGAAGACUGAUUUUGGUUUAAAAAAAAGAAUUCUAAGUCUCAUUCCAAUCAUGCUUUGUGAGAGCUGACUUGUAAUGAAUAUGUAUUAAGAGAGAUUUAUUAACUAUAUAACAUCUUGUUCCAGAAAGGAUUUAGAGUCACUUGCAAAGACAGAUAAAACACAGAAAGAAUGCAUUAGUCAGAAUCAGGUGAGAAUAAAAGGGCAAAACAAAUUUUUAAAAAGUGAGAACAACACAAAACAUGUGUGUGCCCGUGUAACACACUUUUGGGACAUGUCUGUUUCCUUGUACCUGUACAUGCAAAAGGGCAUUCCCGGGUCAUUCGUCAUUGUGAAUGAUGUUGUUUGCAGUGAUAAGAAGGUUCUAUAAACUCUGAAUAUACUUCUUCUGUGCCAGUCUGUGAAAAUAGAUCAUGGACAUAAAAAUAUUUCAGAAAUUGA